AUGUCUGCCCAAGGCCCCGAAUUCCUGCGCUUCACAGGCCAUCGGAACUUCAGCCGACGCCUCACCAUCUCGACCCUUACCGGCCGACCCGUCCACAUCUCCAAGAUCCGGAGCGCAUCGCCCACCAACCCCGGCCUGGCCCCCCAUGAGGUCUCCUUCCUGCGGCUGCUCGAGGCCGUCACCAACGGAAGCUCGAUGCAGAUUUCGUACACGGGCACGACAAUCACAUACCACCCGGGCUUGAUUUCGGGCACCAUUGCGGGCCAAGGCGCGACCGAGGGCGACGUGAUUCUACACAACAUCCCGGAUACUUGCGCGAGAGGCGUAACCUACUUCUUGCUACCGCUCUGCCUGCUGGCGCCCUUUUCCAAGGCGCACAUGAACGUCCGGUUCUCCGGGCCGGGGGUCAUCACCUCGUCCACCGAGACAGGGGAUGUUUCCGUCGACACAUUCCGAACCGCCAUCCUCCCCCUCUUCGGCCUCUUCGGCAUCCCGCCAGCGAGAAUCGAGCUCAGGGUCUUGUCAAGAUCCUGCGCUGGCCCCGGCGGCCGAGGCGGAGGCGGCUGCGUCGAACUGCGAUUCGCCAGCCAAAGAAUACGAGGCGUCGCGUACUGCACCGGCGUCUCUGCAUCGAACAAUGCUCGCAUGAUCCAUUCUGCCCGCGAAGUUCUGAACCCCUUUAGCGCCGACAUCCACAUCGCCGCGCAAUACGACCAGGCCCCUCUGGUGCCAACGGACAAGGCGGGAAGCAAGCGGCGGCUGGGCAUCGGCUUUGGCUUGAGUCUGGUGGCAGAAUCUAGCUCCGUCGGCGUCCUGUACUCGGCAGACGUCGUGGUCCCACCAUCCGGAGGCGUCGUUCCCGAGGAGAUUGGCAAGAGAUGUGCGUGCCAGUUGCUGGAGUCGAUUGCGCAAGGCGGCUGCGCGAGCCAGGUGUCCGCAAGUGCCAUGUUGAUACUCAUGGCCAUGGGAUCGGAAGACGUCGGACGUUUAAGGAUAGGCAGGGAAAUCAUCGGAACCGAAGAGUUGGUAGGGCUGGCGAGGGACCUGAAAAUCUUUGGCGCCAGCAGUUGGGGGCUGAGAGACGUGGAGGACGACACAGGGGAUCUUGUCAUCUCUGUCAAGGGUACUGGCGUUGGCAACGUAGGCAGAAAGAUAGCAUAA